AUGGCGCCCGUACGAAAAGAGCAUUCACAUGAAUUUCGAGAAACUAUUAUAAAACGUUUCUUGAUUGGCGAUUCUGAACGUUAUAUCGCACAGGACCUGCUCUGCUCGAGAAAUACAGUUCAUUCUGUGAUCAUUAAAUACAAAAAAACAAAAUGUAUAGCCAAUAUUGUCGGCCGUGGUCGUAAAAGAAAGACCACAGAACGAGUUGACAAGGCCAUUCAACGAAAAAUUAAAGUGAACCGACGAAAAUCGGCAUCGUCUAUCAAACAUGAGAUUGAAAAAGAGUUAGGGGUAAUAAUAUCAAAUAACACGAUUCGUCGUCGCGCUCAUGAAAUAGGAUUACACGGGCGCGUUGCUCGAAAAAAACCGUACGUGAAUAAGGUAAACCGACUUAAACGUUUAAAUUAUGUCAAAAUGUAUCGGGAUGAGUCCAUGGUAUUCUGGAAACAAGUUUUAUGGUCAGACGAAUCAAAAUACAAUCUUUUCGGAUCUGACGGCAAGGUUAUGGUGUGGCGAACACCGACAGAAGAAUUCAAUCCAAGAUGUACAGUUCCAACAGUGAAACACGGAGGCGGAAAUGUGAAAGUUUGGGGAUGUUUUGCGUGGAACGGUGUGGGAAAUUUGAUCUUUGUUGACGGUAACAUGACCGGGGAAAUGUACAAAGAAAUUUUGGCUGAAAAUUUAUUUCAGUCAUCAAAGAAAUUGCAACUGGGAAAAGAAAUGGUGUUUCAACACGACAAUGACCCGAAGCAUACUUCGCGUGUCGUGAAGAAUUGGCUCGACAAACAGUGUGUGAAACGUUUAAUUUGGCCACCAUUUUCACCGGAUAUGAAUCCGAUAGAACAUCUUUGCGACGAACUCGAACGCCGUAUGAAAAAACACCAGCCAAAAAGCGAAAAAGAACUUCGAGAAACACUACAGGCUGAAUGGAAAAAUAUCGGACAGGAUGUAACUAAUAAACUAGUCGAAUCAGUUCCAAAUCGUUUAUACGAAUGUACCCGUAUGAAAGGAUAUCCCACGAGAUAUUAA